AUGUCAUUUGCCGUUCAACCAUGUCACCCAGUAGAUGCCCCGGGCAUUGCGACCACCAUGAUGAGCGCCCGUCUCACAGACCCUCACUGGGUAAAGAUGUGGGAGGAUAAUGUUUCCCGGGAAGAAAUAAUUACUGGAGCUACUGGCCGCGUGCCCUGGAACCUGAUAAAUGGCAGAGAUGCCAAACGGCAUCAAAAAGUGGUCGACGUUGCAAGCGGACAGGUGGUCGGGUAUGCGCGGUGGAGGCUGCCUCCCCAUCUAGCAAAGAUGGAUGAUGUCUGGCAAGAAGCACAGGUUGUGGAGCCCACACCGGAAGAUCGAGAAGCGUAUGAAAAGUUGUCUCAAGCUGGCUCGAGAAAUGGUAGACCCAUUGGACUAAAGAGUGGAGAAGCGAUGGAUUAUCGGAGCGCGCCGCUCGAAGCUGCCGAUGAGCGGGUCACGCGAGAUGGUUCAUUCCUAACACUUGAUUAUUUGACCACGGAUCCUGAUUUCUGGAGGCGUGGUGUUGGAACCAUGCUUGUUGAAAGUGGACUGCGAAUUGCAGAUCAAUAUAAGCUGAGGACAUAUGUCAUGUCCGAACCGGCUGCAUUGAAGUUGUAUCUGAAUCUUGAUUUUCAAUUAGUGGAGACCGUGUCUACUGAUUAUUCUCAGUAUGGGGGUUUAGAGCCCAUGGUACAUUAUUUUCUGGUUCGUGAGCCUUUCGCAUAG